CACGAAGUACCUAAAUAUAAUAAUCAUCCUUGUUGGUUGCUAUAGCGACUAAUCAGCCAAUCACAUCAGGCCUCUACUUGUCCUUCAAUUGCAACUAUUGGUACAUUUAACGACUUCCGGUGUAAAUUUAUGGUCAUGCGAGAUCUGGUGUUCUCGCCAUAGUAGUGGCAUGGCCGAUAAAGUCAAUAUCUAUUACAUUACAGUGACUACACAAUAUAAUUUCCACUACUGAAAACCAUGCCAACAGACAGAAUGCGCCAAUGACUGUGAUAUCUCAAACAACCUGUUGGAAAACAGCCCAUAUCCUUGUGAAGUCAAUGCCGUAUAAAUCAGACUGACAGACAUACAUUGUUGACAGGUAAUUAGCAAGGCACCUUAUCAAGUACUGCGUUCCAUUACAUGGAUUAGCUGCUUGUUAAAUGAUAACUAGAACUGUCAAAAAUCUUACCUGAAACAAAGGAAAUACAGCGAUAUCAUAAAUUAGGAUUCCUUUUUCUUUGUUUCAACGUGUUCGCGUUGUUUGAAGUAAUUGAAGCGCAAAACACAUACUUAGCGUGAAACUCUCCGCAAUAAUAUACACUCAUAAGCAAGGGAAAUAUAUGAUCUACCUUGUGCUGAGAGGGGUUUGCGACGAAAGGGCUAGCAUUACACACCCUUGGCGCCCCCUAUUAUCGCGUGCAGGUGACCCGAUCACAUUCGGCGGGAAUUUUCCCGUUCAAAGGACAGUGUAAAUACAUUAUACCACUCUUGCAGUAUCGCGUUUCCCCGGUACGUUCCUGACUGGGUAGGACAGGAGAGGCAGGGGUUUGUCCCAAGGGCGCACUAUAGGCGACAAUUUAUUCCGCCUGUUUCGCCUAAAAUCGUCGUUACCGCAGUUGUCUGUGUCAGGUGGCGGUAGAACAUCGCUUCUACAUGGGUGUGUGUUCGGCCCGACUGUGACGACGUACUUGGACUCCAGCAGACACGAACAGAGAGCUCUGUAGGAAAAGGUGAGACAAGCAGGCCAUUGUACAGUCGACCCCCUUGGUCGUUGCAAGUGAUUACCGAACCAGGGCCAACCCGUGCCGUGAGUUCAGACAGCAAAAACAGUUCGGUGCUGUCAUCCAAAGUAAGGGUACAACUACAACGGAGGCUUCGGACGACUCUGUCGGCCUCUGCCACGUCGCGAACGUGUGAAGACGACGCUAUGUCAUCUCGUACAGCCCGACGUACGGGUUAAGCUGAGGUUAAGUGGUCUCCUGGUUCUACGUGCUGUCUGCACCCCCUCCUUUUCUCAGGGAACUUCAGCAUACGGUGUCAUCGACUGCAGCUCUCGCCAGAGAUCCAGAAUCUGAGCAGGGAAAUCCCGUAUUGUUAGCUGGGAAUUAUUUCAAGGAGGGACGGGCGAGCCGCUCAUCCACACCAACAACAACAAGCUUUCCGGCCUACUUAUGCAGACAGAGGGAGAACCGGCCUGAUCGUGAGACUGCAAAGACAGUCGGGUUUAAGAAAACUGUCUUCAUAGGACGGCGCGUCUUCCCCAGAUCUUAAGGAGCUGGUUCCAACAAGGGCAAGUGCUUGCCGGAGCGAAUCUUAGCUAGACCGAGGCAAGACCAGCAGCCAAGCGGUGAAAGGUGAACGGAAGGGAGAGAACAUCGUGACGACGUUGUGGCUGCAGGGUUGGGUCAUCACGGCGUGCAGGACCUGGGAGGUUCUAGUGUGACGAGGAGGGCCAGUGCCCCGGACAUCACCAGGAGAAGACUCAGUCUGCCGGCGGACAGGCGAGCAGGAGAGGCCGAGCGGACCGGACAGGGCACGGGACACCGGGACCUGCAGAACGCACUCCAGGUUAUCCAGAAGACAAUCGUGGCGAUGUCGGAGCCCCGCCCUCCCCCCAGGACCACGUCCAUCUCGUCUCUGCCUGACGCAGGCUCAGGGACGUCACCCAAGUACCCCGGGCAGAUGGAGCGCGGUCAGAUGGCUGAUUACGAGGCUACCUUCAUGGCGCUCGAGCGGGAGAACGAGAUACUAAAGAGUAAGCUCCAGAACGCCAUGCGGCGGGAGAUCCAGGCCCUGCGCACCAGUAAGAAACUGGCUCGGGACAACCACAAGCUGAAGCAGGUCGUGCUGAAACAAGAGGAGGCAGGGCACGGGCAACAAGGACACCUGUCUCUACCGAAGCACGCCGGACUGUCCGCCGCGCGGUGCCGGUCCCCCAUCGACAUGGAGGCGCCCAUGGUGGUAGGGAACGGUCAACAGCAACAACUGCCCAUCCACCACGAGAGGAGCAACUCUGGGGACGACACGCUCUCGUACCCGAGGGACGACUCGGAUAGCGCCAUCGUCAUGGAGAGCGACAUGUCUCAAAGGCAUCCAAGUGACAGUGACGACACCUCUGGGUCCGGGGACGACCGCCAUCUUGAUAUGUCAAGGACAAGGAAAGGUCAGACCCCGGCACGGAGCGUGUCGGUGGUUAUAGAGCGACAACGUGGCCUGUCACCCGCAGGUCAGGGCAACAAGAACAUUUACGGACAGCUGGAAAUCACCGGAGAUCGCCAUGACGUACGGUUCCCAUGGCAACGCGAUGUAGCCACUCAAUGUGACUUUAACGCUGACGUCAUGUGUAGCCGUUGUGCGAUGGUUAUCAGAGAGGAGGAUGAAGGUGUUGAGAAGGAGAACAUGUCAGUUGGUCAACAAACUGUCGUCCGCAGAGACAAGAGUAAAAUGCAGAUGACCAGGGCCCGGCCAGCAUCAGCCGACUGGUCUACUAGAUACACGAGAACACUUGAUAACAGUAACUUCAGGCCGCCCAACGUGGCGAGGCCGAGGCUACUUGCUGAAGAACUCACCGACGAUGUGCAGCGGCGGCGAGCCGAGGCUGCUCGGAUGUCCUUCGCCAGACGCACACACCUGUCCCUGGACGCGCCCUCUGAACCUUUACAGGUGGUGAACCUGAGAGAACCCGGGCAGGGCAGGAGGGGCGAGAGGCCCAUGUCGGACGGGUGGGCCGACCAAAAGGUCCAAUACGGCAGUGUGCCCUCUGAGAGCUUGUACUUCCCCCCUCCCAGUGACUCCCCCAGGGUUGUGAGAAGGGAGGCGGCUGAUGUGCGCAGGAUGAGGCCAAUGUCUGCAGACUGGUCAAACGUCUCCACCAGCUGGGGACCACCGGUCAAACCUCCGCAGACACAGACAGGCUCGGACCCUGAAAUCAGGGCGCGGGUGUUUGCGUCAGAGGUGCCUCCCAUGGACUAUCAACAACCAGAAUCAAAACAAUUGAACAGGGCAACAUCACUUCCGCCAGCAACCUUCAGGGAUCAACACAAGCAGCUCCAUGGCGUCGGUGUCAGCACUGUGGAGGAGGAGGAUGACGGCCCGUCAGCUGAUGACAGCUCUCCCAAACGGGCCAACAAAGGGUCAGCUUCUCCCAACACUGACGACGGCUCUUCGGACGAUAAUUCUGUUAAGGGCACGGACGAUGACACUCCAAGAAAACGGCGGCAGAAGAGAGCACUGAGGCGGCGGAGUUCGCUGAUCGUGAGCCUGCCCGGACUGCAGGUGUCGCCGGGAGACUUGCUAGUCUGUGAACCUGGGGACUAUCAUGACGGACAGGCAGCAUUAGCAGCUCUUAAAGACAGACACAGGGGGUCUGCUGCUAAUCUACUUGAAGAUGAGAAGAAGACGAAAUCGGCAUGGGCCUUCCUGAAGACGAACUUUACCAAGAGUAAGGAGAAGGAUGAGCGCAAGAAGAGCACGGCCUUGGAGGUCGCCCUGACCACCAUCAAACAACGGGACCUUGGAGAGCAUCAUCUUAAUGCCUACAAGGACUCCCAUUGGACAGACCUGAUGGCCACCACGGAGCUGGGCUUACCUUCCCUGCCCCUGACGGAGAUGGAGAAGAAACGGCGCGAGGCAGUCUGGGAACUCUUCACGUCAGAGUGUGUGUACCUGCUGGACCAUCUCCUAAUCCUCAAAUAUGUGUUCCUAGAACCUUUACUAGAACUACAGGAGCAGGGUCACGUGGCCUUUGUGGACACGCCCAAGCUUUUCGCAAACCUAGACGAGCUCUGCCAGGUGAGCUCCUGGUUCUGUAAGGAGUUGCUGAACAACCUGUUGAAUAACGUGACUCCCAUGGAGUUCGGCAGCACGCAGGCCGUGGUCAAUGCCUUCAACACGUUUGGUACCCGGGUGUGUCCACCCUACCAGCGAUAUUGUCUCAACUACUCCAGUGCACUCUCCUACAUGGUCGAACUGCGAAAGAACGAAGACUUCAAGGAAUUCAUCCAGUGGUGUGAACAGGACCCACGGUGCAAUCGGUUGAAGCUGUCGGACCUGCUGGUGGCUCCCAUGCAGCACCUCACCAAGUUCCCGCUCCUGCUCAAGGACAUCCGCAAACGUACCGAGGACGCAGACGACAAGACUUCCCUAACGGCAACUUUAGAAUCUGUGGAGGAGUCUAUAAGAGAACUUGAGGGGAAAGUGAAGUGGCUGACGAACUUUGAGCGUCUACAGGAGCUACAAGAACUCAUCGAGUUCCCCGCAAUAGACCAGGAAACAAAGGCAUAUGUACCAGAGUUCCUGAGGGCGACCCUGAUGAAGCAAUCCCACCAGAACAUCCUGGCAGAUCCAACGAGACAACUACUAUAUGAAGGGUCACUGUGCAUGUUAGAGAGUGGAAAGCCUGUUGAUGUGUACCUGUUCCUGUUUGAUGAUUUGUUGCUUAUAACGAAGAUGAGGAAAAACGCAGCGAAAAAGAAACAAUCCAUGGACCAGUUCCCCCAUGGCUCUGUCUCUUCGAGGAAGACCUCUCUGAUGCACAAGGAUGGACCAGUCUUCACCGUCUACAGACAACCUGUGCCGCUAGACAGGCUGGCCAUACAUGAUGUUGACAUUCCUCAGUCUGUUGCUACUGGACUGAAGCAUGCCUUCGUGCUGGUCCAUGAGAACCGUUUCCAGCACGCAGCUGCAGUCCUGACCCUGCAGGCCUCCAGUGAACCCAUGAAGGCCACGUGGCUGGCCAACCUGAACAGCGCCAAGGACAACUGGCGGGAGUUUCUGGACAGCCAGGACCAGCAGGGACAGGACAGUACCACUGCGGAAGAGAAGUCCUGAAAUCAUCCCAUAUUUCACUAACCAUAAAUGACAUCCACAUGCCUGAUACAUAAACUGAACAUUGCCAAUCCGUCGUGAAAGCGACAUCCAAAACAACUGUCAGACUCCUUAUCAUUCAUCGUCUGAUGUUAGAAAUACUUAAGACAAUCAUGUACAUGGGUGUCUAAUGAUCUUUUCAGUUGUGACAGUUACAAUGUUGUAAACGAAUACUGUUCUCAACUUAGCUUCAACAGGCUGUCCUGAAUGAAUUAUUGUCUGGCAAAGAUGCGGGUAAUCUGGCACCAGACCACUGUAAACACACUGGUCUCAGGAGGACCUUGUAUGUGCUCACCUGUACCAAAGUUUUGCAAUUUGAAACACCUGUUUUCUUGCUGCAUGUAUUCAAAGCCACAUAUUCUAGGUUGCAGUAUCCUCUAGUAUAUAUUUCUAAGUUUACUUAUGUGCUGUUUUUAGCAAUAUUGUUUUAAGAAUCUAUAUCUACAGUACUAUUGUUUCAUGUAACAUGACCAGUUUAAUAUUUGAUUAGAAAAAUGUAAAAAAAAGGUAAACAUUGCAUUCAUAUUUAGAUAUCUUAAAUUGCCCCAGUUGACCUGGCUGCUAUUACCCCAAGUGUAUAUUCAAAUGGUAAAACCCUUUAUUACAUUUUUUUUUCUUUUUUUUUUUGAGUGGUACUACAAGCAAGUUUGUACCAGCCUGGUUCUAUUAUUAUUAUGCAGUACGAUAGUAGCAUGUGGAUGAGAAACAUCAUAAAGAAUUCCACUUCUCCAGUAAUAGAAAUGGAGACUUGGCAUUGUUGUGACAGUUUCUUUCAUACUACAUUUUUGUACAUCUCUCUUGCUACUGAAAGACCCAAAGGUAUUCCUAAAAUCACUGUAUGUAUCCAUCUCUACUCUUUGUAGGUGUUUAGUGUGUGACUGCUGAAUUGGACUGCCAAUUUUGUUCCACGGAUGCUCUUACGUUUCUCUAUGUUAGUAUGUAAUCUGAAGCUUACCAUGACAUGGUUAUUUGUACAGAGGGAUGUGUGGUCUGCUGUUCACAGGUAUUGUCAGCUGGGAAACAUUUUCAUGAUAGUACUGUCCAGCUAGUAGUCACUUCUUUCGAAUAUAUGAAUAUUGUAUGUGUAUAAUAUUCACAAUAUGUACAAUAAAACAUUUUAUAAGAAAGAAAACA